UUCUUCGUCAUAGUGAUCGAAUUGCACAUUUGUGUAGUUCUGCAAUCAAAUUCGUUGUGCACCGGCAUUAAAUUAAAGACACAACCGUGUUUAAAACUCCACCUACAAAUCGAGGUUAACUACUAUUGUGCUAUGAAUAGCGUUAACGAAGCGUGCAGUCAGUUGAAGCAAAAUUAUGAUGCAUGCUUUAACACAUGGUUCACAGAAAAAUUCCUGAGAGGAGAUCAUUCAACAGACACAUGUAGUCCAUUUUUCAAACUGUACCGUGAAUGUGUAAGGAAAGCAAUUCAAGAUCAAAAGAUUGACCUUAAAGAGAUAGAAAAAGAAGUCAUGGGCACUGAAGAAGAGCUCAAACCACCUGGUUCUAAAUGAUAAUUAUUCUGCAGCAAUUAUUUCCUCAAAUAAUAAAUCAUUCUUGUAAAGAAAA